CAGGGCUGCAGCCAGUCUGCGUGGCGGGAAACCCUCUUAUCACACACUGCACCUCCCCAUCGGUCCACUGCUCUGGUUUCGCUGUUAUCGUCUCACCCACCCAAAGUGAAUUAAAGCUAGCCAAAAGCCCCACUGCCAUACACCACGAACCCCACUUGAAUUUUCCCUCCCCUCCUCUUGGCUUGGCUGCCCUCAUUCACUCCCUCCCGCUGGGAAUAAAAUCCUGUCCACGCCGUGACGUUUCCUCCUUCUCUCUCCUCCUCCCUCUUCCUCCCCUCCCAAAUUUUUGGGCCUGGGGGGACUGCUACCUUUGUCUUUCCCAGUAUCUUAUCACCAAACCUCAAUCAUGGCCCAGGUCGGCACGAGAAUCGUCUCCGCCCUCGAGCUGGACUCCAGCCGGGAUUCGCGGUGGUCCAAUGAAGAUCUGCUACCCACUCCCCCGGAGCAGUGCACCUGGCGUUGGUGGAACUAUGUCUCCUUCUACUGGUCCAUUUCGUUCACCAACUGGACUCUGGGAUCGAGUAUGAUUGGAAUUGGCCUUAACUGGUGGCAAUCCAUCAUCGUGAUCUUCGUCUCCCAGAUGAUCUCCUCGAUCGCGAUGGCCUUCAACUCGCGCGCGGCCAGCGUGUACCACAUCGGCUUCCCGUGCGUGGGACGCAGUGUCUUCGGCAUGUGGGGCAGUUUCUACUUCGUCGGGGCGCGGGCGGUGCUGGCGAUUGUCUGGUACUCCGUGCAGUUGUACUACGGCGCCGAGUACAUGUUCAACAUCCUCCGGGCGAUCUUCGGCCACCACUUCACCGACAUCCCGAACCACCUGCCGGCGAGCGCCCACAUCACCACGCAGCAGAUGCUGGCGCUGUUCCUGUGCUGGAUGGUGCACCUCCCGUUCUGCCACUUCCGGCCGUACCAGCUGCGCGGGUUCUUCAUUUUCAAGACCUUCAUCUCGCUGCCGGCGAUGUUCGGCCUGUUCAUCUUCGCCAUGGUGAACACCGGCGGGAAGAUCGGGUCGGUGUACACGCAGGACAGCAAGUCGACGACGGCGAUGGCCUGGUUGAUCAUCUCGGGGAUCAACAGUGGCCUGGGUAACACCGCCACGCUGAUCACCAACCAGCCGGACUACUGCCGGUGGGCGAAGACGAAGAACGCCCCGCUGUGGACGCAGCUGAUCUCCAACCCGAUCGCGACGACCCUCUCCGCGAGCCUGGGGAUUCUGGCUACCUCCGCCAUCAACAACAAAUACGGCACCUCCAUCUGGAACCAAUGGGACCUGAUGGAAUUCAUCCUGGACCGCUACUGGUCGGGCACGACGCGGUUCGCCGUGUUCCUGGCCGCCUUCGCCUGGCUGGUGCAGAUCCUGGGCACCAACGUCGCGGCCAACAUGAUCUCGUUCGGCGCGGACUCGUCCAUGCUGUUCCCGCGCUUCAUCAACAUGCGCCGCGGCCAGUACAUCGUGCACACGCUGGCCUGGGCGGUGUGUCCGUGGGAGAUCCUGGCGUCGGCGACCAAGUUCGAGACCUUUCUGUCCGGGUACGCCCUGUUCAUGGGGAGUGUGGUCGCCAUUAUGGUUUGUGAAUAUUUCUGCUUCACCAAAGGCAACAUCUUCAUCCCCGCCCUGUACGACGGCACCCCGCUCAACAAGAGCUACUACUACCUGAAGGGGUGGAACGUGCAGGCCGUGCUCGCCUACAUCAUCGGCAUCGCCUUCCCGUUCCCGGGCUUCGUCGGCUCGCUGGGCGCCUCCGUGUCGACGACCGCCACGCGCAUGGGCGACCUCGGCUGGAUUUUGUCGUUUGUGACCGCCUUCGUCUGCUAUUUUGGGAUUUGCUGGGUGUGGCCCACCGAGAACCAGAAGCGCAUCCGCGCGGAGAAGCUGGGGUGGGAGGCCGCGGUCGAUGACGAGGAGGGCGAGGUGUACCUCAAUGCGCGGGAUGUGGGCGGCGUGACCACGGAGGAGGUGGUGGUCGGGGGGAAGGAUCGUGAGGUCGAGAAGCGCGGGUUGUGAUAUUCCUUCGCUUCGCUUUUGG